UACUCACUCACUCAAUUAUUUUCUGAUUAGCUGUCACUCUGAUGAGCUUGCAUUUAUUUUGUGUCUGAAAAAUAGCGUUUUGUUGUGCUGUAAUUACUGAAUUAAAUAAGAAAUUUAUCUAAAAAUGACUACAAACGGAGAUAUUGGUGGCCUAGAUGCCAGUGGAAAAAUAAUUAAAAUGGAAGUGGAUUAUAGCACCACUUGCGAUGAAAAAAUUCCCCUUUGGAAAUCAUGGGCUUCCAAAGGAAAGGUACAAGAAGCUAUAGACCAGCUACUGGCUCUUGAGAAGCAGACGAGAACGGGAGCUGAUAUGGCAUCUACUGCUAGGAUUUUAGUAGCUGUAGUCCAAAUUUGCUUUGAGGCUAAGAACUGGUCAGCUCUGAAUGACCAUAUUGUACUUCUUUCAAAGAGAAGGUCACAACUCAAACAAGCAGUUGUCAAAAUGGUCCAAGAGUGUUGCACUUAUGUCGAUAAAACUCCAGACAAAGAGACCAAAAUAAAACUCAUUGAGACCUUAAGAUCUAUCACAGAGGGCAAAAUUUACGUUGAAGUUGAACGGGCCAGGCUGACUCACAUCUUGGCCAAGAUCCGUGAGGAAGAAGGCAAUAUCGCGGAAGCUGCAAAGAUCAUCCAAGAAUUGCAGGUUGAAACGUAUGGGUCAAUGGAUAAACGAGAGAAAGUUGAGCUUAUUUUGGAACAGAUGAGACUGUGCUUGGCUAUAAAAGACUACAUCCGUACCCAGAUUAUUUCUAAGAAAAUUAAUACUAAGUUCUUUGAAGAGGAUGAUACACAGGAGUUGAAAGAAAAGUUCUACCGAUUAAUGAUUGCGGUAGACCAGCACAACGGCCAGUAUCUCGCCGUCUGCAGACACUUCAGGGCUCUGGGCCAGUUAGCCGGAUCAGAUGCGUUGGUCGGCAGUGUGGUGUUCCUAGUGCUGGCUCCGUAUGACAACGAGCAGGCGGACUUGACACACAGGCUCAAUGAAGACAAGGAUCUUGAUAAGCUGCCUGAGUACAAACAACUUCUGGGUCUCUUCAUCAACCCUGAAAUCAUUAGAUGGAACACCCUGUGCUCCAUGUACGAAAAGAUGCUUCGUUCUACUCCAUACUUCGAUUCCGCCGAUGAGAAGGGACAGGAACGCUGGAACGAUCUGAAGAAUCGCGUUGUAGAACAUAACAUUCGCAUUAUGUCUAUGUACUACACCCGCAUCACGGUGAAACGUAUGAGCCAGCUGCUUGGCCUCAGCGAGUCAGAGACGGAGGAAGCGCUGAGCCAACUCGUGGUCAGCACGAUCGUGAAAGCCAAGAUCGACCGGCCGGCUGGCGUUGUACACUUUAGCUUAAACAUGGACGCGUCAGACCGUCUCAACGAGUGGUCAAAUAACUUGAACAGCUUGAUGCAACUUGUGAACAAGACGACACAUUUGAUCAACAAAGAAGAAUGCGUCCACAAACACCUGCUGGCGACAGCCGAGUAAUUAUUAAACAAAUUAGCGUUACGUAUCGAGUCUGAAAAUGUAUUUUUAUUAUUUUCUUUCCUACAGUAAAACUAUUCUACUGUGUAGAAACUUUAAUGGAAUCAAUUUAAUUUUCGUUUAACGUCUCUUAAUGUAAUCAGUGUCCAAAAGAAUGAUUUUGUAUCUUCAAAG